AUGGCACUGUCAUCAAGCAGCCCCGCUAAUGAGAAGCCAGUGACAUGGACGAAGAAACAAGAAGUCUCCCCCUUCCUGGCCGCUGCGGCCUUAUGGGAACUUUGGCAGGAGUUCGGUGACCUGUUGGGAGGCUUCUAUACCCAAGAAAUGAAUAAGAACAUAACUGGAUUAAAUAGCACAUAUGGAGUGGUAAUCAAUGCCCUAGAAGAAAUAAAAGCCGAGGUGGAAGCUGCCGCCAUCGCAGCACUUCCGCCAAAAGCUAGCAUUGACAACAGGAGCUCCAUCAGCCAGUUCCUCCUCCUGGCAUUUGCAGACAGGAGGGAGCUGCAGCUCUUGCACUUCUGGCUCUUCCUGGGCAUCUACCUUGCUGCCCUCCUGGGAAACGGCCUCAUUAUCACCACCAUCACCUGUGACCACCACCUCCACAUCCUCAUGUACUUCUUCCUCCUCAACCUCUCCCUCCUCGACCUGGGAUCCAUCUCCACCACUCUGCCCAAAGCCAUGGCCAAUUCCCUCUGGGAUAACAUGGACAUCUCCUACAGGGGAUGGGCUGCACAGCUCUUUCUCUUUGUCAUUUUUAUGGUUGGAGAGUUUUAUCUCCUGACCAUCAUGUCCUAUGACCACUACGUGGCCAUCUGCAAACCCCUGCACUACAGGACCCUCCUGGGCAGCAGAGCUUGUGUCCACAUGGCAGCAGCUGCCUGGGGCACUGGGUUUCUCAAUGCUCUGCUACACACAGCCAAUACAUUUUCCCUGCCCCUCUGCCAGGGCAAUGCCCUGGACCAGUUCUUCUGUGAAAUCCCCCAGAUCCUCAAGCUCUCCUGUUCACACUCCAACCUCAGAGAACUUGGGGUUCUUGUAUUCAGCUGUUUUUUAGAUUUUGGCUGUUUUGUUUUCAUAGUGGUGUCCUAUGUGGAGAUCUUCAGGGCUGUGCUGAGGAUCCCCUCUGAGCAGGGAAGGCACAAAGACUUUUCCACGUGCCUCCCUCACCUGGCCGUGGUCUCCCUGUUCAUCAGCACAGCCAUCUUUGCCUACCUGAAGCCCCCCUCUCCCCCCUCCAUCUCCUCCCCAUCCCUGGACCUGGUGUUGUCAUUUCUGUACUCUGUGGUUCGUCCAGCAGUGAAUCCUCUCAUGUACAGCAUGAGGAACCAGGAGGUCAAGGGCCUGUUUUGGAAACUUAUAAUGGGAUCUUUUCAAAUGUAA